AUGUUUGCUGUCCAUCGCUUUCGCGACUCGGUGGCCUUCUCCCAUUUCGACUCUUCGGAAGAGACAAGCAAACAGCCAGGACAGCCUCAACAAAACGGACGUAAAGCUGACGAGCUAGAUAGGAGAAAAAGAACAGGAAUGGAGUCAGCUUCGAAUUCCACUUCAGGGCCCACCAUCAGGGUCCCAGAGCGGAAGGAUGUCCCCUACCGCCAAGGAGCGGAGGGACAGCUGAAACAGACCGUGGGGAACAGGGCUGGUAGGGCCCUGAAAGCCCCAACAGCCCCAGUCAUGUCAUCAUCAGUGGCCCUGGUGGAGACGCUGUUGGCGCCGGAGCUUAGGCCGAAGAGGGCAUCCUCACCGCGACACUGCAGCGCCUUACGGGAGAGAUCCAGAUGCGUGUCAUUGUCUGAUGGCACCGUGACAGUGCCGUCGACCAGCAGUGCCCGUGGCAGCAUCAUCAUCAUCAUCACAUGGCAGGAUCAAGAUCGCAGAAAGAAGCGGGUGGACGUUGGGUCCUUGGCCAUCUCUGCGCCGUACAAGAAAGGGCAUAGAAGAUGCCCGGCCACAGCAGCCGCCGACUGGGGCUAUGGAAAGAAAAAGUGGAAGGGAGGAAGCAGGAUGGAACCCGAGGUCGAAGAUGUUGUUGACAUCCGGCAAGUGGAGGGAGAAUCUCGACCAUUUGCUGGAAAACGAAGCACGAGUGUCACCACCCCUCUGCUAGUGGCUCAGGUACCCCAAUCAGCACCUGCAGCGGCAGUGGUACCUGGGGCUGUACCCUCACCGACUAGCGGUACCUCCCCGUCUUUGUGGAUUUCAGCCAGAACUGGAAAAGAGAAGCCGUCCAAGCCGCCCUUGCACCUGCUGCCCUUGACGAAAUACAACUCCAACGAUGACGUGAAUCGCAGCAAGUGGGAGGAAGUCCCCGGCUUUGACGGCGACAGCCGGGAUUUGCAGCCCGUGCCAGCCUCAGCCUAUUGGUUUUCAACUUCUUCUUCGCCGUCACUACCUGCUCAUCCUUCGCCUCUUUCUUCACCCGCGUCGAAACCCAGACUUCAGCUUCAAGCGUGCAUAAGCUCAAGGGCUGGCGAGAACGUGGACGAUCCACAACAAUCCGACGGGAACGAGGAUGGAUCAAGUGGCAGCAGCAGCAGCAGCGGAAGUAACCAGGAGAAGCCCAACAGCAGCAACAGCCUGAGUCGACAGCAACAAUCGAGAAAUAAAGGAGGCAGCCAAUACAAAGACAUAUUAGAAAAGGACGACGCCGUCUUACUACUGUUGGAGAAAAAGGUCCCCUACCCCCCCGUGCCAAUUUCCCCCUCCUCCUCACCAUCCUCAGAGCCGGCGCACCCCUCGGAGCCCACCACCACGACACAACAGCAACAUCCCACGCGGAGGCAGACGCAGACGCAGAAGCAGGCGCACUCGUACCUGGGCCCGGACGUGCAUCUCAAUCUGCACACAAACCACCACUCAAACUCUCCUGCCCUAGUGCGGUUCCUUGUCUCGGCCACUGCCACGGACUGUGCAAAGGUCGAUGUGAUUAAUGAGACACGCAAUUGGCUCGAACAAUUAUUCAAAGACACGAUCGGCGACACCACCGCCCGGGAACGGGAACUCGCACACGGCCAGGACCAUCACCACUCUUUCUUGCUACCACUGCCGCUUGUCUCUGGGUGGCACCAUAGCCCGUUCGAUCCCGCAACCGGUCACGGCUGUCAGCCCGUCAACGGAGCCGAAGAACGACCCCGCUCACCCCGGCACGUGCAAGCUGAACAAGCGGUUUCGGUGCAUAUUAAGGGUCAGGAGGGCUUUGCUCUUGACAAGGGAUCUAAUUUGAACGAAACCAAGGGCACCAACGACAACACCACUGGGGCUGGCGGCUUGGAUUCACACACCUUGCAAACCUCGGUGCCACGAGUAGACACGGGAGCCGACAGUCGAACCCUUGCCGAACGGUGCAAGCUGGAGACCGACAUGAUCAUGGACCACCACCAGGCCUCAGCCGUGCCGCCCUCGCCCGCACUCUCUCACUCUUCUUUCUCCCUUAGAGGCAAAAAUCGGGUUUUUGGAAAACUACCUUUUCUCUCGCGCAGUCGCAACCCGGAAAGUCCAACCCACAUCGAGAUCGCCUCUCCAAUUUCCCCUUUGCAACCAGAACCUUCAACUUCAACUUCACCAGUUUCUCCGGCCUCCUCCAUGGGUGCCCCCAUUGACAAGACCCGAUCCAGGAGUCAGGAUGCGAAGACGUAUGCUGGCUCUGGAGGGCGCGGCAUUGUUCCCAUUCAAGAUGAGGUGCCAAGGGGGGCCGUUAAUGGCGCUGACAGACGCGUUACCGUUCGCUGUAAGGGCGUGACGGUGGAUCUCAAGGUUGAGGUUGAUACUACUACUGUGGACAUCUUGUUGGCUUAUGCCGACAAGACAGGCCUUCCCGUCAAUGUCAACAGCAGCAUGGUCAUCGAGGCGUAUACCCCCCUGGGUCUCGAGCGACGCCUUCGUCGCUAUGAACGUAUCCGUGAUGUAUUGAACACAUGGGAUCAAGACAUGCAGAACGUUUUGAUUAUCCAGACCGAAAACGACCGCAGCGACGAGAACCUAGACCUCGCCAGUGUUCCUCGCGAACAAAAGAUACCUACUGGCUUUGUCCUUCCGCUUCAGCACUCUCACAGGCCCGGGAAAUGGACCAAGCGUUAUAUCACAUUGCUAGAAAACGGACAAUUGGUUUCGUCCAAGAAGCCCGACGCAAAACUCUCAGACAAGGACGUCUUGAGCAUCUGCCAUCUAUCUGAUUUUGACAUCUACAUGCCGACCGAAGCACAGAAACGAAAGGAGCUCCGACCACCCAAAAAAUAUUGCUAUGCAAUCAAAAGCCAGCAGAAAGCCACGAUUUUUUUGUCGGCGGAUAAUUUUGUCCACUACUUCAGCACCGAGGACGCCGCGGUCGCCCGUCAGUUUUCCGCUCGCGUCCAAGCUUGGCGAAGCUGGUAUCUGGUUAACAAGGUAUUGCAGCUGCAUAAGAAAAUGCAAGAGCGAGAAGCAGAGAAACCGCCUCAGCUCUCCUCGGCGCCGCACAAACCAAGAAGGGCAGUCAACGAUGUCAAUGCGGAUGACCACAAGAUCAAAGCUUCAGUCGGCGAGUCUUCUUACCCGAUCGGUACAUAUAAGCCCCUAAUCGACCUGUCACGUUUCGACAAGCCCAUCGAUGAGUUUGACAAGGACUGGAAAGCCGACCGAUCCAGACAGCAGGCCUCCCAACUACCACCAUUCCAACUCCAGAAAGUCAGAAAAGCUACACAAGAAGAGAUAGAAGCACCAUUUGGCACGAGUGGUUUGCUUGGGAACAUAUAUGAAGAACGAAAACUUGCGCAGAAGGAAGAGGAGAGAAAGAAACUGGAGGUCGUUACCGACCAACCUUUUACCGAUCGACCCAGCCUUCUGAAUGGCGGAUUGGUAACCUCGCCAACUGAGGAGACCAGACAGCACGAUGGACGAUACGAACCAAAGGCAUGGCUUCCGUCGGCACUUGAGCACACCGCCACUCAGCGCAGCACAAGAGCACCCUCUGUUCGUCGCAGUGCUCCAUCUAAUCAGUCGCCGCCAUCUCAGUACGCUCCCUCACAAUAUGCGCCUUCACAGUCCGCACCGUCCCAGCACGAGCGUGGGCGUGAAACCCAUCGUCGUCAGCAGCCGAACCAGCAACUGAAGCCCAGUGCGCCUCUUGUCGACCUAACUCCGAAAUUCGUUGAGCCACCCCAAUGGUCGCGCGAAGGUUUGGGACGAGGUGUGCGGGCUCCAGAAGGCAUGCCGUUGGUCGACAUGGCUACAGGACCCCAAUUGGCUCCCGGUGCCAAACCCCUCGACUUGCCACCCCGAACACUUGUUAGGCGGGAGCCGAGCACGCGAACCCCUGGUUCUCGGCCAGGAACUAGUGCCGGCCAAGCACCGCCAGGCUCUAGUGCAGGUAGUGUCCGAGCCGUUAGUCGGGCUUCCUCGGUGCGGGGCAGGAUGAUGAGUCAAGACGGGACGUCUGGGGGCAUGAGGAGCAUAUCAGGAUCGGCUUUUCUACCACCUGUACCUCCUCUACCCGGCUCAGUCCUCGGCUACGGGCCGAACCAUCCGCCCCCCUCGUCCAAAGGUAGAUAUACAGAUGGUUAUCGUUCCCGUUCGUCGUCUCGUGGGCCACAACCCCAAUCCAAGCGAGGUUCUCCUCCGUCCUCUGGGUAUGAAGACGAUCGUCAACGGACUUUUUCCUUGAGAAACCAGCCACAUCCGCUACUAUCGUUCGAUGAGACCCUAGAAGAACCGCGAGGUCUCCUUGGACAGGCAGACAGAAGCUCCAAUGUCUCCGUGCAACGAGCACAGAGUGUCCGAGUGGGCAGUUCUUCGCGCCGCGCAAGGAAUGGGAGUACUUACAAUUAUUGA